AGCCAGCCCCGGGGCCUCGGCCAAAGACUGGGACUUUACUCCAGCAGCUGCGGCGGCAAACUGGUCCGAGCUUCAUCAGCUGCCGCAGGCGCCGCGCCCCGAGGCUGAGACACAAUGAGCGGUAGAGUCGGUGACCUGAGCCCCAAACAGGAGGAGGCACUGGCCAAGUUUCGAGAAAAUGUCCAGGAUGUGCUGCCCACCCUGCCCAACCCGGAUGACUACUUUCUCCUUCGAUGGCUCCGAGCCCGAAGCUUUGACCUGCAGAAGUCAGAGGCCAUGCUCCGGAAGCACGUGGAAUUCCGGAAGCAAAAGGACAUUGACAACAUCAUCAGCUGGCAGCCACCAGAGGUGAUCCAACAGUACCUGGCAGGUGGCAGGUGUGGCUACGACCUGGAUGGCUGCCCUGUGUGGUACGACAUCAUCGGGCCGCUGGACGCCAAGGGUCUGCUGUUUUCUGCCUCCAAGCAGGACCUGCUCAGGACUAAGACGAGAGACUGUGAGCUGCUUCUGCAGGAGUGUGUCCACCAGACCACGAAGCUAGGGAAGAAGAUAGAGACCAUCACCAUGAUUUAUGACUGUGAGGGCCUUGGCCUUAGGCACCUCUGGAAACCUGCGGUGGAGGCCUAUGGAGAGUUUCUCUCCAUGUUUGAAGAAAACUAUCCGGAAACGCUCAAGCGUCUGUUUGUUGUUAAAGCCCCCAAGCUGUUUCCUGUGGCCUACAACCUCAUCAAGCCCUUCCUGAGUGAGGACACUCGUAGGAAGAUUGUGGUCCUGGGAGCAAACUGGAAGGAGGUUUUACUCAAACACAUCAGCGCUGACCAGUUGCCUGUGGAGUACGGAGGCACUAUGACCGACCCUGAUGGAAACCCCAAGUGUAAAUCCAAGAUCAACUACGGGGGUGACAUCCCCAAGCAGUAUUACGUGCGCGACCAGGUGAAACAGCAGUAUGAACACACUGUGCAGAUCUCCCGGGGCUCCUCCCACCAAGUCGAGUAUGAGAUCCUUUUCCCUGGCUGUGUCCUCAGGUGGCAGUUUAUGUCGGAGGGAUCAGACGUGGGUUUUGGGAUUUUCCUGAAGACCAAGAUGGGGGAACGGCAGCGGGCAGGGGAGAUGACAGAAGUGCUGCCCAACCAGAGAUACAAUGCCCACAUGGUCCCUGAGGAUGGGACCCUCACCUGCAGUGAGCCAGGCAUCUAUGUCCUGCGGUUUGACAACACCUACAGCUUCAUCCAUGCCAAGAAAGUCAGUUUCACCGUGGAGGUCCUGCUCCCGGACAAAACGGCGGAAGAGAAGAUGACUCAGCAGGGGUUACUCACCCCCAAAUAACAGUGCCCCCUGCAGCAGGCCUGGCCCCCUUGGUGUCUUCCUGUUUCUUUCUAGUAGUCAUUUUCCUACAACCUAGUAGCCAGAAGAAACUGAGCUGGAGGGAAGACUUCAGGCCACACAGCAGAUUUCCCGUGCAGAAUCGGAGGAGGACAAAUAGAGCUAGAGUGGGUGUCCUUGUCACCAGCCUACCAAGGGGUCUCCAGACACUGGAUGUCAUGAUGCCUAUUUUGUAGACCCUGCCACCAUCACCUGCCCAGUGACGGCUGAGAUAGGGAGGGGAGGGGUACCCAGGCUGGCAGCAGGGAAGAAAUUAGAGAGAAGUGGAGAGAUUGGGGUGUUACACUCAGGGAAGUCAGCCGCUGGGGAGAGACUUGCUCCUUAACAAUCGUGGAGCAAAUCUCCAUGAUCGUAAUGACGGUUGCAAGGCAGCAAACUGUGAGACACACGAGGACUAAAUGAA